UCAAACCCUUCAGGCUAUCGUGGACCAUCACAAAAAUUCACCUCCAAUGGACGUGGUUUUCAGGCACAACAACAAAGGGACUCGAACCAAGGCUACAACAACUUCUCUUCGGCAAAUCCACAACGACGUCCUCCACCACUUGGUGAGCGCCGAAUGACACAUGCGGAAAGGGACAAAUACCAGGAGCAAUAA